AUGCAGACGUGUGAUUUCUGCGACUGUGGUCAGGACGGGGGGAGAGGUGAUGUCCCAUUCUACCAAUUUCCCCAGCAAGAAGAGAUUCUUCGCCGAUGGAUAACGAACAUGGGGAGAGAUGCUGAAUGGGCCCCAUCCGAAUCCUCCGCCCUGUGCUCCUCUCACUUCACUCCGGAUUGUUUUGAAUCUGGAUCUUCGCGUUUACACACAAAUGCGAUCCCCACAAUAUUUGAUUUUACACAAUCAAAAAAUCAGAAGGACACUGAAAAUCCUCCCCAAUACCAAGAAGCAACUACUGAACUCACAGACUCUUCAAAAUCGUGUGACUGUUAUAAACGUCUACAGGCAACAGAAAGGUUUUACCAAAUGAAAUUAGCUGCUGCCCAGCUUCAAAUAAAGGAGUACAAAAAUAAUCUAACAGAGGAAUCACGGAAGGCAACACAAUGGCAAAAGAGAGCAAUCGUUUUGCAGAGUGCAAUCAGGGCUAUGAGGCAAAGUCGGUCAAUACCUGCAAUAAGAAAAACAUCUACACCAAACACUAAAAAUGUGGACUGA